AUGAAGAACGGACUUCAGGUAGCAUACACUGCAUUAUUUGUUGAUAGGGACUGUUACAAAUUUGCUCACUUUGUGAAUGAAACUCUUGGAGUUGUGUAUAGAAUUGUUGGUUUGGAAGCUGUUGCUGCUUUCUUUACCCUUGAAGCUGGAGAAAUGUUCAGUGAGAAGAGGUAG